GAACUGUCAAAACAGCAACGCAAUCAAAACAAAACAUUGCAACCGCGUGGUUGCUCUGCUAGGGAACGAAAUCCUCUGUACCUUCAUCAUAAUUGUGAUUAUUUGCGAUAAGUGGUGCAAAAAUGAGUUGUGGUCAGUUUGAUGAUGCGCUAGACGAUGCCACACAAAAGCUGGAUUUCUUCCAGCUGCAGGAAAAACCGCAGGUUCCAGCCACCAAACAGACGAAUGGCAGUGUCACGAAGCGAACCGAAAUCGAACUACAGGAUGCACUUUUUGGGUCAGGCAACAAAGACAAACCCACGUCCGAUGCGCAAUGGGAAGAGUAUUACGGCCAGGAAGACAGUGACGGGUGCGAUGAUGACGAUGAUGACGAUGAUUUCUACUGCUACGAAGGUGGUGAAUUGAAGCGAAACCAGCAGCUAAAUCUGAAUCAAUCGCACACCAAUGCACAGCACGCAAGCCAGAAGGUGUCGCACUUUCAGCCGGCGGACGUUUUGUUCAAAAAGUUCACCAACCGUAUCAACGUGGAAAAGUACGAAGGACCGGCAUCGCUACCGAACCAUGCCAAGAACACACUCAUCGAAACGCAACGCAAAGCGGACAUCGAUCGGCUGCGCAGCAAGGACAAGCAGGAUCGUGCGACAGCGGAACAGGUGAUGGACCCACGGACACGCAUGAUUCUGUUCAAGCUGCUCAACCGUUCGAUGAUAACGGAGAUCAAUGGAUGCAUUUCCACGGGCAAGGAAGCGAACGUGUACCACGCCACGUCCAACAGUGGGCGAGAUUAUGCGAUAAAAAUCUACAAAACAUCCAUCCUUACGUUCAAGGAUCGAGAUAAGUACGUAACGGGCGAGUAUCGCUUCCGGCACGGUUACAGCAAGCACAAUCCGCGCAAAAUGGUUCGCACCUGGGCGGAGAAAGAGAUGCGCAACUUGGUGCGCAUGAAGAAGUGCGAUCUGCCCGUGCCCGAGCCGAUUCUGCUACGGAGCCACGUCCUGGUGAUGGAAUUUAUCGGGCACGAUGGUUGGCCAGCUCCAAAGCUGAAGGACGUGGAGCUUAGCGGUUUGAAAGCACGCGAACUGUACCGAGACACGGUGGAAAUGAUGUGGACGUUGUACAACCGCUGCAAGCUGGUCCAUGCCGAUCUGUCCGAGUUUAAUCUGCUGUACCACGAGGGCAAGAUAGUCAUCAUCGAUGUGUCCCAGUCGGUCGAGCACGAGCAUCCGCAUGCGCUUGAAUUUUUGCGCAAAGAUUGCACCAACGUGACGGACUUUUUCCGCAAGCGUGAAGUAUCGACGAUGACGGUGAAGGAGCUGUUCGAUUUCAUUACCGAUGCGGCCAUCACCGUGGACAAGGUCGAGCAACGGUUGGAAGAAAUUUCCGAACGCAUAGCAAACCGUAGCUUCGAUGAGUUUACCGAACAGCAGAAACUGGAUGAAGCUGUGUUUAAGCAAAUUUUCAUCCCGAAAACGUUGCACGAGGUGUACGAUGCUGAGCGCGAUGUGUUCGACAAGCGUGCGGAUGAGCUGGUGUACAAAACAAUCACCGGAUUGGAUGCGAUGGAAGUGAAUCGGAAAAAGCCCGACGCACAUGAUGGAACAGAGAAUGGGGAUUCGGCUUCGGAUACGGACACUGCCUCGGAACAGUCGGACGAUGAUGAGGAUGGUGAUGGGGGGAAGCAAGCGCCCGCCAACGGUGUGGUAGUGGUGCGAGCGAAAGAUGAAACACCGGAAGAGCGGAAAGCGCGCAAAAAGGCGAUCAAGGACGAAAAGGCCGAGAAGCGAAAAACUAAGGUGAAGAAGCAUAUAAAAAAGCGAAAGGAGAAAGUUGCCGGCAAGAAGUAACCGCAAUAGGGAAGAGAACGGUUCCGUUUGCAAUGCAUUGUAUAGCGUAUGAAAUAAAGUUAUAUUGUAUUGCUUACAAGAAAA